CUAAAUGGUGCCACCGACACAAACUGACGUAACCCACGAGACCCAGGUCGCUAUGACGUCAUCACAGAACCCGAACCAUGAAUCGAACUUUGCACUAUGUACUCUAAAUGGCGCCACAGACGUGACCCAGGUCGCUAUGACGUCAUCACAGAACGCGAACCCUGAAUCAAACUUUGCACUAUGUACUCUAAAUGACUCCACGGACGUGACCCAGGGCGCUAUGACGUCAUCACAGAACCUGAAACGACUCAAAACUCCCGCUAUGACGUCAUGAUGUUUGACAGGUGACGUUUGACAGGUGACGUUUGACAGGUGACGUUUGACAGAUGACGUUUGACAGGUGACGGUUGACAAAAUGGCGGGAAAACAUUUCCCCCCACCCCUUUUUCUGGUACCCAUAAUAAAAUCCGGGGGCCCCUUUUUGGGGGGCGGAGCCCUGUGAGCCCCCUUUUUGGGGGACGGAGCCCUGCGGGCCCCAUUUUUGGGGGGCGGAGCCCUGCGGGCCCCCCAACUACAGCAUCCUGUAUUACGAACUUCACACUAUGUACGCUAGAUGGCGCCAU